AUGUCGAUGGCAACUUUCAGUGGAAAACGGUACUUCGUGACAUUCAUUGAUGACAAGUCAAGAUACUGUGUCGUCUAUCUGCUCAAGAGCAAAUCUGAAGUUGCGGCGAAGUUCAUGGAAUACGCUGCGAUGGCCGAAACGCAAACCGGAAAGCGCGUGAAGUACCUUCAAAGCGACAAUGGGGGUGAAUACAAGUCCGACAAGCUGGCACGAUUCUGCGCGGAACGGGGAAUACAACAAAGGUUCACACCUCCAUAUACUCCUCAGCUAAACGGAGUAGCUGAGAGAAUGAAUCGCACGCUGGUCGAGUGUGCGCGUUGCAUGAUGGAACACGCUGGACUGGGAAAGAGCUACUGGGGUGAAGCAGUGAUGACGGCGAUGUUUCUUCGAAACCGCUGUCCAACACGUGCCAUUCACCAAGACAAGUCUCCAUAUCAAGUGUGGACGAUGAAGAAACCGAUUCUGGCCAACCUUAAAGUGUUUGGAUGCCACGCGUAUGUUCAAGUGCCUCAAGACAAACGCGCGAAGUUCGACUCCAAGUCAUCACUCUGUCGUUUCCUGGGAUACGCCGAACACCAGAAGUCAUAUCGAUUUGAGGAAGUGUCAACAGGAGCGAUCAAGAUCAGUCGCGAUGCCACAUUCAUGGAAGACAAGUUUGAUGAAGGUCCGCGCAACUACAACGAUGAGUCAAGUGUCGUUGAGUUUGAUGAUCAUGAUGAGGACGAAGAAAAAGAAGGUAAAACUGACGACGACAUGGACUCGAGCGACGAUGACAACGAAGACACCAGGUCUUCGAAGAGCAACAUCAAGAGACACACGCGCACUCAAUCACUUGAGAAAGCUACCGUCAUUCCAAGUCCCAAGCGAAGAACAUACAGAGGUCCGUCGCUUGAGCAUGUGUCAGCGGCUGCAAUGGAUUUUGAAGCAGCCUACAUCGUUGAUUCAGUGGGGGAAACGCCGACUACAUUCAAGUCGGCGAUGGAAUCAAGCGACUCCGGCAAGUGGAAAGAAGCGUGUGACUCGGAGUUCGAUUCGCUUCAGAGAAACGACACGUGGGAAAUCGUGCCUCUUCCGAAGGUCGCAAGGCCAUCGGGUGCCGAUGGGUUUUUCGUGUAA